GUUAAUGAACUGAAUGAAGCUCAUGUAGAGUUAAUUCAGAUAGAGAAAAAUAAAAUAAAAUGAUGAUUUUAAAAGUUUAAUUUCAUUCAUAAUACCAUUACGGUAAUGAUGUAAAUGAAGCAAUUUGAAGAAAACUCGCUGCGAACUGUGGUGUAAACUGUAAAGUGUAAACUAAACGAGGAUUCAUAUUCAGUAGAUCGUAGAGCGCGCGUUGUAGAGCACGCGCGUUGUCUACUGGCUGCCAAAGCAGUGUAAUACGCGCGGGAAAAAUGACAUUUAAAAUUAUUAAAAAGUGCGCCUGAUUUUUUUAUUAUUAUUUUUUGAACGUAGCAAUAGUUGUGGAAUGUAUACAAAUAAAGUAUAAUAAGUACCAAGUUGGCAGUGGAUUUUUUUUAUUUUAAAACACCAGUGAGCGCGCCGAAAUGUGGCGUGCGUUGCUAUUCUGCCUGGCGUUCCACCUUGGGUACGGGAAACCCAACCGCGUGGUGGACGUCACUACAUCAUGUGACAAGAGCUCCAUCAGCGUCCACGUUACUAUGGAUCAACCUUUCAAGGGUCUCAUAUUUAGCAAAGACUUCUCUAGAGAAUGUCGGGUGCAAGGGCAAAGGCAGAAAACAGUGUCUAUCAAUCUACCAUCAAACGCAUGUGGAGUGAGGACUUCCACAUUGAAUACCACAGUAAAAGAACCAGACGACAGAGAAGAUUUAUAUUACAAUGUAGAACUAGUUGUGCAGAUGGACAGACAGUUACAACAAUCCACUGAUCAAGAAAUUAUCGUGAGAUGUAAGUUACAGCCGCGUGCAGUGCGAAUUACCAGUUCGGCAUUAGAAGGCGUCAUAAAAUCUAAAUUACGCGAAAUGACUGCUUCUGAUGGGAAGAAAGCAAGAACUGGCCGCAACCGCCAAGGUUGGGAGAAUCCCAUAGAGGUAGAACAAAGGGAAUGGCUGCUGGAAUCAGCUCGAGCGUGGAUGGAGUUAGCUCCGACUGUAGCAGGCUCUGAACCAGCCACUGUUGAAGUUGGCCAGCCUACUAGACUGCUCAUACAAUGCACUUUACCGGUUGGUGUCGGUCUUCGGAUAACCAAUUGCGUGGCCCACGACGGCUUAGGAGAAGCGUCACAGAAACUUCUAGAUGAAGCAGGUUGUCCCAUAGACGAGACCAUCUUCAACAAGCCAUCUAUACACAAACAUAAUCACCAUAGCGCUGAAAUGGACUUUAGCGAUCUUGAACCAGCAGACACACAAAGAAACAUGGAACAGAACAAAAACCUAAAAAUGGCCAAGACCGAUCCAGAGCACGUGUUGAAAAAUUUCAUGACGUAUCAACACGCAGUGACUACAUUUGCGGCUUUCAAAUUUCCGGAUCGAGCCAAAUUACACUUAUCUUGUGGGAUAGAACUGUGCAAAGGACCAUGCCCUAAUAUCGAUUGUAAGGCACUGCAGAAACCGCAACGUACGAAAGAAGGUUUAGUGAGAAAAGCAAGGUUGGACAAGGAGGCCAAAGGAUUGGUUAUAGAUAGACUGGAAGUGUAUAACAGUAUAGAGGUUCUGGCACCAAAUAUUGAAUUGGAAGAUGAAGCUUCUAUACGAGGUUCAAGGAGACUUGAAAGCGAUGAAGAGUUAGUCCGAAAAUUCUCCCCAGGUGAUAAAACAAUAUGCCUAUCGCCUGGAAAGUUGGCUCUUGCGUUUUGUUUAUUAGGCAUAAUAUUUCUAUGCGCAAUAGCAAUAGCCUUUGCGUCCUUGGUGCGAGCGAGACGGCGCACUGGCCGCGAACCUCCUCAUACUUCCCUCUCGUUCUACACAGGCAGCAAGAGCUUAUUUUCCUCUAGCGAAAGUUCGAGCUCUGGUCUUAGUGGGAGUAAAUUACUUCUAACAGACAGUCCUUACAUGGAUCAUCACUCAUCAUCAAGCAACAAUUGGCCAUAUCCUCGACCGUUUUAGUCGAAUUUAACUCCUAAGCUGCGUCUACGCUAGGAGAGCCGAGCACGAGCGGAGCGAAGCCGAGAACGGCUGCGCUUGUGCUUCGUUGGUGCUCGGUUCGUCUAGCGUAGACCCGCCUCUAGAAAUUUCCUCCUAUGGUGGGAUGAAUUUUUAUAUAAUUUUGCAUAACGCGAAUAGACGCGAAUUAUGUAAAUUUUGUAGGAAAAGCAUAUCAUUAUUAAAAUAUUAUAUAAUUUAUAAGCCAUAUAUAUGGCUACCUGAGUGCUUUAGUUAUAAUCAUGUUACAAUGUAAAAUCAGUAUAAUUUUUACACAAAUGAACUUUGUAAAUGCAAAUCAAGAGGCUUGAAGCUUGAUAAAAUAAACAAGUUUAAAUUAAUUUUAAAAUGUAUUAGUUAUACAAACAAUACAAGACUGUUCUUAUGAUUUAUUUAUUUGU